GAAGAGGCGUUGUCGUGUAUUCUGCCAUCCAUAACAUAUUCUACGGACUGUGUUACCUCGAAGACCACUACUAAGGCUGUAGGUGACCCACUGGCAAGUGUGCAACUUUGGGAUAACUUUUUCGAUAAAGUGAAUAGCUUUCAUUUCGACCAACAGCCGAGAUUCGAGAGGCUGAGGUUUGUGAUGAAAAAGGUACUAGUAGAUGAAGAGGAUGUUCGUAGUGUUUUAGAUUUCAAUAUUUGUCAGAUAUUGAAUAAACUUAUGGGGCCAGACUGCGUAUAUUCAAGGCGACCUACUGACACUCCCGGCAUACCAGACUUCAACUGUCAUCUCAUAGGUUCAUUGAUCUUGGUGAUGGAAACUAAAAGAAAACAUGCAUAUGCUUAUCUAACUCGACAGGCGAAAGAGAAUCCCAACUCUCCUAAACCUCAAGUACUAGUGCUGGCUCAAGGGGAUAAUAAUUCACGAACUCUUCGAUUAAACUCAAAAUCAUCAUCCAGCUCUUCAUUAACUAAUCAGGCUUCCAGCACCUUUUCGAAUCAACAAUUAUCUUCUAACGUCCCAGUAAACCAGCAAAAUCUUAGCUUCACGGACUUCAAGUUUAAGGGUAUACUAGGUAAAGGACGAAGUGGUAAAAUACUCCUAUGCGAGUUUCGUGAUGAUAUGAUUGCUUUGAAGAGUGUAGACUUAUCGAAGGCCCCAUCGUAUGUCCUGGAAGAAAUGCAAAAAGAAGUUGAGAUUUAUAAAGAUCUAGCUGAUAUUCAAGGCAAGUAUAUCCCAAAGCUGGUCUGUUAUGGAUAUUAUGGAGGAGGCAUGAGCUUCGUUAUCGGCUUAACCAUUGUUGGUAUUAUGUUGAGCGACCAAAAAAUAACGGAACAGCAAAAGGCAAGGGCUAUUAAGGGAUUGGAAGCAAUCCACAAACAUGGCAUCCUCCAUAAUGAUAUUUGGGAGGAAAAUAUCUUAAUUAAUGACAACGGCGACAUCUACCUGAUUGACUUUGGAAUGGCAAGUCGGGAGGACACAAAAAAGAAGAGAAAGCUUUUCGAGGAGGAACAGCUCAAAUUAUCUCAAUUGCUAGAUAGAUAUAUUGUACAUUUCAUAAAGAAGGAGGGACGAAUUUCCAAGUCACGUAAAUGUAAGGUGGUUAGUUAGACUGUAGGAUUAGACAUUAG